UGCGUACUGUUGUUUUGUUUGGCUUUUAUUGAUUCUUAAACUCAGCACUUUUAAAACAGUCAUAAACAACAUCUAAGCAAAUUGAAAAUAUAAACACGUGUGCACGCGCACGCAAACACACACAUUCACACAUAUAUAUACAUACAUACAUACACACACACACAUAAGUCUAACAAGCGUUCGACUAAAAAGUAUGUUAGUAUUUUGACAGGCCUUGAGCAUAUGAGGAGAAUCAGUGGUGAAAAUAUUUCGUUGACAUUUCUGAAACACCCUUAAAACGCUGGCGAAAACACUGUUAAAAUACAACCAAAAAAUAUUGUUAAACUACCCGCAAAACUCCGUUAAAACAUUACGAUAAUACUGCUUAAUCACUGGUAAAACAGCGUUUAAACGUUAUCAAAAUAUUGUUAAAACGUGGGUAAAAUCAUCGUCGAAACGUUAGCAAAAUACUACUAAAUCGCCAACAAAAAUACCAUUAAAACUUUUAAAUAUUGUUAAAGCUCUGGUUAGCACCAUCAUUAAAAUACUGUUAUAACGUUCAUAAAACACCUCUACAGUCCAAGCAAGAACUGUUAAAAUUUUACCAGAACUAAUCUUACAGCAAAUACGAAACCACAGCCCCAAAAUUUAAAUAAAAUUAACGAAAACCACCAAUAAGCAGGUUACAUCAAAUUGCUACAAAUACGUGUUUAUACCAAAAUAUUAAAAUACCAAAAUGUUUUCAGAAAGUAUGAUCCCUGGAUUAUUACCAAAAUGGAUAUUGGAAGGAAUGAUGUACAGAGAAGGCUCUCUCAAGAAGCAAGCAUCAACUGUUGAAGAGAAUCAUAUGGAUGAUAGCAAAACUCGAAUCCGACAGACUGAUGACCAAGAUCGUUGUACCGUCUGUUUACGCAAUGUUCUUCAUUGUUACAAUGUUUUUAUUCUGAUAUUAGGCUGUGGUGCCUUGGCAGUUGGAAUUUGGUACUUGGUUACGGAAUACAGUGCACGAGAAGUAUCUGUAGUAGUUGGAGAAGAAUGGUUCGAAGUAGCAACAUACCUCUUGAUAGGUGCUGGUGGCACAAUAGCGCUGCUGGCGUUUUGUGGCUGCUGUGGUACAAUGAGGGAGGAUAAAUGUGUGCUAGGCUUUUAUAGUGGAACACUGUCCUUUAUGCUGCUGUUUCUCACUGUUUCCUGUGGGAUGGCAUUUUACUUCAGAAGACAGGUAGGUCAAAUUGUAACCAAAGACAUAGUGAAACACAUGACCAACACUAUAGAACAACAGUAUGGUCUGGACACACGGACAAACUCUAAUAAUAAACUGGUUACUGAUGCCUGGGAUUCAUUACAGAGGCAGCUGCAGUGUUGUGGAAUCAAAGGUGGUGAAAAUAGUUCCUUCUCGUGGAGUGUGUAUAAACUACGAAGUGAAUGGUACCGCCGCAAUCCAGAGCAAUCUCCAUACGUGCCAAGAAGUUGUUGUAAAAAAGACUCAAAUGAGAAAAAGUGUACUGGUGAAAUUCGAUUGAGGGCACCACCUGCGCUAGGACCACCCAUAGGCAAAAAUGACUUACGAAAUCAUGACUUAAAUACCGAAGGUUGCCUGGACAAAAUACGGGAACACUUGAUCAAAAGGGCUAUAAUUCUUGGUUUAGUUGCUGGCUCUAUUCCAAUAUUAUUAGCCGUUGGUAUUUUGGUGUCCUGUUGUUUGUGUUUCCGAGUUCGGCAAAAUUCAGACGAGGAUGAGAUUGAUCUAUAAUAGUAGGAGCUUGCUCCUAACACACCUUCCAUUGACUCUUAACUAAUUAAAAGCAAAAGCAGAAAAAAAUAUGUCUACUAAAAGCUAUAUAGAGAGCCGGUUUCUAUGACGAUCAUCACCAGAAAGUGUUAAAAAAUGAGAUCAUUAACACCCUAUUUGCUAAGUAAGCGAUUCAUCGUCGUUGUCUCCCUCCAGUAUUUUUAUGAGAAACAAACGAGCAGGAGAGGAAGAAAAAUUAAACAUGAUGGGGAGGAGAUGAAUAUAUGGUUGGUUAGUCUUUGAAAAAUGCCGGUAAAUGUUUGUUUUGGACCAUUUUUAGCCCAAGAACAAAAUGAAAAAACACACCAAAAGACUCGUUCUUUGAAGAAGAGCAAAGAGCAUAAGUGAUCGUUCUCAGAAAUUCCUGCUUGUCUUCUCAACAUUAUUCUCUCAUUCUCAUAUUUCCUUCUGAAACAUUUAAAAAAAUUUUUUUUUAUAUAUAUAUAUUCCAUUUUUUGGUCCUUUUUUGUUUGUUUAGGGAGGUGAGAUGUUCUGUAAUAUUCUAAUCUUCAUUUUGAUUUUUUCCCUUUUUUUCUUUUUUUUUUUUAUUCAUUUUGAUAUAUACAUUUAAUCCCCUUCUUUUUUUCUCUCUCUCUCUCCACUCAUACACAAUACCUUUUGUACAUUCUUUUGUUACAUUUUUUUAAGGAAUUUAAUUUUUACUUAACGCAUUGAAUAAUAAUAAUAAGAUAUAUUAGAAAUCGUACUACUUCAACUAACUGAAGCUUUUAUUUAAAUAUUUUUAUUUCUUUCUCUUAAAACAAAAUUCAUUUUUUGGUGAAGUUAAUGCAAUUAUUAUUAUUUAUUAUUAUUAUUAUUAUCAUUGCCUUCCUAUGUAAGCAGUAGCAACUGCAACAAUUUAUAUCAAACAAGAUUUCAUUAAUGGUUUUUGUUUGAUUUUUUUUUGUUAAUUUUCUUUAUUUUUACUUUUAUUUUGAAUUUCGAAAAUUUUUUUUCUUUUCAAGAAUUGAGAGAAGACAAAAGCUGACUCGUCACCGAAAAUAAUAACAAAUAUAAUAAUAAUGAUAAUAAUAAUAAUAAUAAUAAUAAUAAUAAAUAUAAUUAAUUAUUAUAUUAUGAUAAUAUUAUUAUUAAUACUGAUAACCAAGAUGUGUCUUUCCAUAUCAUUCCACAGUACCAAGAAGCCUCUCAAAAUCUAUCUUUCUCUAAUCCUCAAUCACCAAACACUGGUCAUGUUCCUGUAUAUUGUACCCAGGCUUCCUUCGCUUUGACCUCCCUGCCCCCUCGCCUUCUGCCCCGUCCCCUGUUAACCACGUCCACAACAACAAGAACAACCACCACCACCACCACUGACCAAUGGAACUAUGAAACCGUUUCAACUUCAUGCAUUUAUUUCUAAAGUGUGACAAAAGUUUAGCCAUGGCCCCUAACCUAGAUACAUGCGCUUGUUCACACAUGCACACACACUCACUCACCCCCACAUAACACAUACGUAUACAGACUCAUGAGUAUGUACUUAUACAUACACGCACAUGCAAGGGAGAAUGUAACUGACAAACUUUGAAAGGAAUAUGAAAUUUCUGUAUAAGAUCUCUGUAUUUUUUGAGGAUUUACAUACGAAUGUAGGGAGGUGUGUGUAUAUAUGUGUGUAUGUAUGUAUAUAUUUAUAUAUAUAUAUAUAU